CGUCGGGGCAAUCCCGGUAGACGGCGCUGCGCUCGGGAUCGCUGGAUUGCUCCUCGGAGGAACGUCGCCGGACGUCGCUUUCCCCACGGCACAUAGAAGCUGAGAGACGACAAGCAGAGCUCGAGGGCCAUGCAUCGCGCACUACUCCUGGUGGCUCUGGCAGCCAUUGCUGCCAGCGUUGCCAAUGCCAACACAAGCCACGACGACCUCUUUGCCGAAUCAGAUCACGAGGUGGUCUACCGAGUUCCCCGUGGAGCUAGGAGCAGUUCCAGGGGUCGAGGCUCCAGCUCAUCAUCUUCAUCACGCUCCUCCUCAUCAUCUCGCUCAUCCUCAAGCAGUUCGUCUGCCUCGAGGCCAAGUCAAUCCAGUAGCCACAGUUCAUCUGUUUGGAAGCCAAGCCAACCCAGCAGUUCAUCCGUCUGGAAACCGAGCCAGUCCGGCGGCCACAGUUCAUCUGUUUGGAAGCCAAGUCAACCUAGCGUCUCCAAGCCAAGCACUUCCGGGUUUGACUCGCCUUUUUUUGCUGGCCACAAGCCGGCUCAGCAGCCAAGCGUUGCUCCUGGCUUCAGACCCAUGAUCCCCAGUGCUCCACCAGCUGAACCUUCUUCAGUCAGGAUCCCAGGUCACAUGCCAAGUGCACCUGGCUUCAAGCCUGUGGCAUUCCCAAAUGCUCCGACAUUUCCCCAAGGAGGCAGUAUGCCAUCAGCCCACUAUCCUAGCCAUAACCAAGGUCACGCACCCAACUUUAAACCUGCAGCUGUCCCAAGUGCUCCCACAGCUGAAGAACUUGGCAUAGGAUCGAGCCACUAUCCAAGCCAAAAGCCAGAUCAGAGACCUAGUGCUCCUGGCUUCAAACCUGUGGCUAUCCCCAGUGCUCCCACAGCUCAAGGGCCUGGCAUCACGAGUCAUUAUCCAAGUCACCACCCGACCCAAGCCCCAAGUCGUUAUCCCAGUCACUACCUGACCCAAGCCCCAAGUCGUUAUCCCAGUCACUACCCGACCCAAGCCCCAAGUCAUUAUCCCAGUCACUACCCGACCCAAGCCCCAAGUCGUUAUCCAAUUCACUACCCUACACAAGCCCCAGGUCAUUACCCGAGCAACUUUCCAGUAGUGGCGCCGGGCCAUUACCCCAACCCUGUUCCAAGUCAUUAUCCAAGCCACUAUCCAAGCCAUGGCCCGGGUUCUUACCCAAGUGGUUUUCCCAACCUUUUCCCUAGUAAUACCUCACCCCACCACCCAGGCUACAUUCCAGGCAGGUCCCCAAGCCAUGGCACAAGCAUGCUUCCAGGAGGUAUUCUAGGCAUGAUCCUAGGCAGCUCGCUUAAGCCAGGCAAACUGCCAAAGCCAGGCAAACUGCCAAAGCCAGUCAAACUCCCGAAGCCUGGCAAGAUUCCAAGACCGGGCAGGAUCCCAAGGCCAGGCAGUAACCCAGGGAUUGUUCACAGUCCACUUCCGGGUGGCCUUCUGGGCCCGAUUCGCCCUUCGAAAAAGUCCUUUUUCAUUGACCUUCUUCUGGCUGCCAUGCUGUCCAAAGGCAAGCUUGAACACCGAAGACGCUGGGCAGCCAUGUUCGGUUCGCCUCAGAGGAUUCGCUUAGGACGGAGGGUGCACGGAUCCUAUGGCAAUGUAACAUGGAACGGAACGAUGGCCGACACUCAGAUGGGAAACCCCAGCGAUGAUGCCUACGUUGAGGAGUGCCGCUACAAAAAGGAGCCUUGGGAGGACUGCGACCGUGCCACCAACACCCAGAAGCGCAAGCUGGUGCUCAAACGAGGCAGUGGCAAGUGCGAACCUACCAAGGAGCUCACCCGCAACUGCAAGAAAGCAUGCAGAUACGAGAAAGGUGCGUGGAAUCCGUGCAACACGACAGCCAACACGAGGACUCGGGUGGACAAGAUCAAGCCCCGCAGCGACCCCACCUGCGAACCCAACCGCACCGUCACCAAGAAGUGCAAAUCCGGACUGGGCUGCCGCUACAACCGCAGCGUGAAGUGGAGCGAGUGUGACCCCCAAACGCUGACCCGGACCAAGACCAUGCCCCUGGUGAGCGGCAACGCCCCGGGCUGUGAGAGCCACAAGCUGGUCACCAAGCCCUGCCGCAACGCCGACCGAGCCGCCAAGCGCAGGAGCAAGCAGGAUGAGGAAGAGGAAGAAGAGGAGGAAUAAGAUCAGCCUCUGCCUUUUUGUGUACUUUGAGGGGUGAAAGUACUCCACAAAUCGGUCCCAUUUACCUUCUCCCAGUUUCACAAUUGCAGUGACUGGUCACAACAUUGAAACAUUCGUUUUGAGGGGAGGGCUUUGGGUUUGUUCGCAAACAUUUGUCGCUGUGCCAGUUUCAGCCGCUCAGGCUCCAAAGAGAUGGUGAUGACAUCCUCAAGGCACUACCAUUCAUUUUUCGUGCGUAAACUUGCUCGUUGCUGGUUAAAUGGUUUGAGGGGUGGGUUGUCGCGAGUUUUCCGUCUUCACUCGAUAGCUUGCAAAGAACUGUAACCUCAUCGAAAUCGCGGUGUCAUAAAAUGCAAGUUUCCAAACUCAAAUGCUCAUAAAUGUAGGUCAAUGUAGAGUUAUAUACAAA